CCCGGCAGGAAUGAGGAAACGCCGGUAAAGCCCCCAGCCGGUUCCCAGACUCCCCCCGACUCCGACCGUCACAGCCCGGAGGACACAUGGCGGAGCCGGACCGGUGACCGGCCGACGCUGUCAUGGCGGGGAACAGCCGCGCCGAGGGCCCGGAGGAGCCCGGCAGAGACACCCGGGACCCGGCGGUCCCGCCGGGCCCCCCAGUCCCCGGGAGGAGGAGGAAGAAGCUGGUCCUGCACAUCGACCUCAACAACACCAUCCUGGUAUCGGACGCGGUGACGGGCCAGGGGACCGUGGCUGCCCUGGACUACUUCCUAACCACUGUCACCUGGGGCCGGAGGAGCAGACACGGCGCUUGGGAAUGGCUGAGUGAACUCCCCUCCCUGCAGCCUCCCUGCAGCGACGCUGUCAGCUACUACUCUGCGUUUGGCCGGACGCCUGGCUUCACGUCUGCCGCCGGCCGGCGUUUCCGCGGCGUCCUCGACCGACAUCUGGAUCUGCUCCGCUGGCCCGAGGGCGUCAAGGGCGACCAGGAGCUGUCGGUGAAAGGAGAGGACGGACGGUUGUACCACUGGAUCCUCCCCUCCUUCUUCCAGCUGCUCAGGGACCUGGCACUGGAAGGCGUGGAGUUCGCCGUCGUCUUCCGCACGUUCGGGACCGACCUCCCCCGCGUGCUGAGAGCCGUGUCCCGAGCGCUGAACGACGGGGCUCACCCGCUGUUCCCAGAGCUGCCUGACCUGAAGAUCAGCGUGGACUUGACUCCUGGGAAAAUCCGCUGCAGUAAGAAUAAGACCGUGUUGAGCAGAGCCGAGGACCGCCUGUCCACUCGGGACGGAGAGAGGGGGCUGUACCGGUACCUGAGCUCCGUUCAGGGCCUGGGGGGGUUCCAGGACCACUUCGACUGGUGGCUGGCUAAUGGACUCUCUCUCCGUGGAGGGAAACCUUUGUGGGUCGACCCGUUUGACCAGGACGUCCAGCACAUCUUCAUCGACGACAACAUCCGACAAAAUGACGAGGACACCAUCGUUCAUCCGAAGGUGUUUGUGGCUCCGGGUGGCUCGGACACUCGGACAGCUUCCACCGUCGAGCUGUACGACAUCAGCCUGGUUCAGACCGACCUCCUGCAGGCCAUCUCUGACCCAAACUACUUCACCCAGCGGGUCCACAUCUGCCUGGAAAACUAUGAGAGCAACGUCCAGCAGGGGGCGGUGUAGCGCGUGCUUUGUUCAGCCUGACAGGAGGUGCAGGGACCUGACAGUGUAGCAGUUACACCUGGAGCCACGUUACAGUGAUACACUUCCUUUCUGAGUGGAACACAUGAACAGUCAUGUGAAAAUGUUUUCAGACUCACAGAAACAAGAGGAAGUAGUUCAAUCGAGUCCGAUCACACCGUCUGCUCUCCUCAGGUGAAGAGUUCCAGAGUUCCAGAGGGUCAGAUCAGAUGAAGCACUCCAUCAGGGCCUGUUCAUCAGAGCGCAGGCUGCUGACUCAGCACUUCACUGGAUCAAUCAAGUGGCGUUUCAUGACACUUCCACACUUCUCUCUCUGAGAGCUUUUUAUUUUUCGUGUCCUGCGUUUACAUCCUCAUAGCCUAAAGACAACUUGAAUAUUUCCAGACGACUGAAGCUCCUAAAUUAACAGAUGUGGCUUGUUUCUGGAUUCGUACUGUAAACGAUCGUCUGCAGGAUCUCUCUGAACGACAACCCGAGCUGCGUCUCACCAGCUGACAGUCACAGAAACAGAUACCAGAUCCAUCACUUCCUGAUUAGCUUAAGAAACAACAGUCAUCCAUACCCAUAAUGCACUGCUCCGAUGAGACACUGAGACGUAUCUUUAGAUUUAUUAUAUAGUUUUCUCAGAGUGAGGCGCCCCGGAGUGAAUCAUUUGAUGGGCUGAAUUUGUGCAGAAGUUGUAGUAAUUUGUGUUUGGAGGGUUUUACUGUGUUUAUUCUGGAGCUUCUGGGAGGUUUUUAAUGGCUUCAUUUUUCUCAGGUGGAUUUUAAAGAGGCAGCUGAAUGGAAAUGGAGAGAGAGAGAGAGAGAGAGAGGCUGGCUGAUAAUACCAGCUGUUUUAUCUUAGCUACAGUACAUGGAUUUUCUUAAAAAAAAACAGUAAAUAUGCAAUUUAAGAAUAACAGAAACAAAAGAGAGAUUAGAGUUUUGUCUGCUGUGAUAACAGUUUGACUUUUUUAAAAAGCUUUAUUAAGAGUUUGAUGUUUCAAGUCGGAUUUAAUGUUAUUAUUGAGGGUUUUUUUUUAAGUAAACUGCAACAGACCACAUAUUUUAUUUUACCACAGUUACAAAAAAGAACUAUGUAGUUUAAAUAAAUCAAAUGUGAGAAUGUGAUCAUUUCCCUUUCACAUUAAAAUUCACAGCUGGUGAGCUGAUCCAGUGUUCAUUAGACCCAGAAUAUCAAAACCUGCUCUCCUGCAGCUCCACUAGUGCUGAAAAAGACAAAAGAACUUCUCAGCUUUACUUGGUGAGAUGUUAUCAAACCGCUACUGAAGAGAAAACACACUGAACAUGAUUUAAAUGUGUUUAUUUCAGGUACGAUUCCUGAUCGAUCCAGACAAGUUGUGUCUCUGACUGAACAAAGCAAUGCAAAUUUAUUGUCUCCACACGAUCAACAAUGAACAAAGCAGAAGAUUUGACUGAACUACAGCAGACUGUUUCUCUGCACAUUCAAAAACUUUGAAAGAUCUCAAUUCACUGUGAAAGAAGUGAAAGAAUGUAUUAAAAAUGACCACUGGAGGAACAAUCUCAAACAUGUCAGCCUCUUCUUCAGUAUUUGAUCACACUGGAAAUCUCCUGUUCGUCUGACAUGCAGCUCGACUGAGGAAAACUUUUCCUUGAUCAUUAGAAGAACUUAGUACAUGAAAGCUUUUUAACCAAAACUCAUCCAGGGAGAAAGUAAAAUCCUGUGAAUGCUUUCAAACGCACAUCAUGUCAAAACUUGAAGUGUCAUCAUGUUUUCUUUUAUUUAUUUUCCUGUGAAACGUCUCGUCUCCCUGUGCUGAAAUCAAAUAAAGGAUUCUUAAAGCU